AAAUCCGGGGGUGAAUCUAUAUCUGCGCAUGCAGCGCCACCGAACAAUCGUGCCGUAAACUAUAACCUCGUUAACCGAACACACGUCACAUAAGCCACUCAAAAUUAAAUCAAGCGCCAAUAUUUUUAGGGUGCUAUGAAAUGUUUUGACAAGCGUUGGAGACUAUUGUCUACUGUGAAUCAAUCUUAAUCAGUCUGGUCUGAUAAUAACUGAGGAGUUUAGUGUUGUUUGCAAAAAAAUCCAAUCUGGUGUUAAUUUGAUCAACAAUAUUUAGCAGAACCUGGGGAAUAUUCAAAGGAGCACAAGUUUAAAAUGUCCUCUCUAAUUCCUGAUGAUCCUACUACCCAAAACGAAGUCGAGACUCGAGGAGCUGAGGAUGAUCCAGACCUGACGAUCAAAUUCAAACUUGAUGAUAGUAUUCAGUCCGAAAGCAGUACUUCCGAUUCAACCAAGCUAACUAUUCCAGUUGAGUCCGAAGCAGGAGAGGAGAUCAAGAUCACCAAAGUUAAUGGAUCGGAUUGCAAUAAAGAACAGAACGUUCAAGAGGCCAAAGAAUCCAUCUGGGUGUCUAACCUUAACCGGGACGUUAAAGCUGUUGAUGUAAGGGAACUUUUUGGCAAGAUCACAAAAGUACAGGGCGUGAAAAUUCUAACCAAUAACAGCAACUAUUUUGCUUAUGUUACUUUGAAAGAUGCAGAGAAGGUUGCAAAAUGUAUCGAAAAGCUAAAUAACACUGUGCUUAAUGGAGAAAAGAUCCUUCUUUCCUCAACCAAGCCGUGCAUACAACAAGCUGAGACUCACGCAAAAAAGAAAGAAGAUAAUAAAGAUUUGGUAAAGCAAGACAUAAAGGUUGCUGCAGAAACAUCUAAUAAGGGAAAUAAUGGAAAACAUACAUCAGAAAUAAUUAAAACUGAUAAAAAUUCAGAUCCAUCAGACAAUUCUGUCAUUGCAGAGCAAAAACGAGAAAUUAAGAAACUAAAACAGGAACUAAAAAUUGCGGAUAACAAAAAUAGUAGUCUAAAAUCUGAUUUGAGAGCUGAACGAAGAAAAUACGACACAAUAUAUUCCAAAUAUCAAAAUUUAAGACGUGACAUGGAAAAAAUGGAGAAUGAAAAUCGCCAAAAACGCAGAAAGCUAAUUUUGGAUCAGGAAAACUUCGAGCAUUCAAUAAAAAUGAAAAUGGUAGACGUAGAAAAGCUCAAGCUGGACCUUAAUAGACAGCUAGAAGAAACCAAACAGUUGAAGGAGAGGUUAAGUAAAGAGGUUAAUAAAUUAAGCGAUAUGAAGAAUGUUAACACUUACAAAAGAACCAGAUCACCUUCCAGAAGAGAUUCCACUUCCCACAGAGGACAGCCGCAGGGAAAAAAGUUUAGGUAUUUCCAUGAUUUCGACAAGAGUAAAACACCUCCACCUCCUAAUCUACGCAACGAAUCAGGUAAGCAGUCUGGGUAUAGCGCCGCUAGCUCGUCCAAUGAAGCUCCAGAUUUCUCUAGGGGAAUGAAGCCUCCAGGUACUGGCUUCAAUCGUCACGAGAAGUCCACUCCGUUCCAGCAGUCCAUUCAUCCUGGACCAAGAGCCAACACUUCUAAUCUAGAUCAAAGAAGACCUAAAACUUCUAAUCUAGAUCAAAGAAGAGCCAACCCUUCUAAUGUAGAUCAAAGAAGAGUCAACAAUUAUGAUUAUGGUGCGUAUUCAGCUUCGCAACCUUACGCGAAUGCGUUACCUGUGAGGGGUAACAAUAACUUCCCGUACUAUCAGUAUUAGUUUCCAGGACAGUUCGACAAGCGAUAGCUGAGAGGAGAAUGGUUAAUGGAAAAUUAAGGUGGUAUUGGACAUAUAAUUCAAGUGGUGUAUUAAAUAAUAUUUGUUCAUAUAAAAGCUUACGGUACUCAGCGGAACUUGGAUAAUUCGAAGCUAAGAAAACCUACAAAACAUAGAUUUAAUAAAACUUCGGGUUAGGUAAAAUAUUUAAAAAACUUAAGUAAAUAUUUACAUAUUAAUAUUUUUCAUUCAGUCAACAUAAGCUUGAAUACCAUAAUCGCAAAGUAGAUAGUUUUGAUUCCUUCGAAGUUUCCAUUGUUCUCUACUUCUGUCUCUGUUUCACCUCUACAUCCGAGGCCAAUUAUUCUUUCAUGAUAUCUUGUUACAGUUCUUCUUUAGCUAUUAUCCGGUGUUCUUCUUCUUCUUCUCUCUUGUUGGUAUUCGAGUGUCGGUCUGGUUAUAUUAUUUGGGUCUUUCCUUGGUGUAUUUCCAAUACAUUUCCAUUUCUUUCUUUUAAUUAUUCUUCAUUUAGUUCUGAGUUUAUUAUUCUAUGUUUAUUAUGUUAUCAGGCCAGUAUAUUUUUAUAAUUUUUCUCACCGAUUUAUUUAUAAAGGUGUGUAAUUUUUUGGUAGUUUUUCUUCCUGUUUCCAAUAUUCUGGGCAUACUCUGAACACAACUGUUAAAUAUUUUAAUUUUCGUUAUUUUUGAUAUAUGACGUAUGUUUCAGAUUUUCUUUAAUGAGUUAUAUACCUGUGAGUUGUGCCUUUUUCUACAUCUGAUCUACUAACCUUUUUUCCCGGAUUGAUCCCAGAUUUGUAAAGUGAUCUACUCUCUCUAUUUGUCUUCCAUUUGUUCUAAUUUUAGUUUUUUGGCAGUUGUUUUUAUUUAAGAUUAAUUUUUCUUUAUGGACCUUAAAAUGUAUUACAUUAGAGUAUUUUGUAAGUUUGUCGAUCUUCUUCAGCAUAGGUUGCCAUGUUCGUUUAAGAGGCAUAUGUCGCCUGCAAACUCCAAAUCAUCCAACUGGUUGUGCAAGUUACAGCUAAUGCCUGUUUCUUAUCGCUUACUUCUUACUUUCUUUAUGAUUAUAAAUUAGGAAUAGUGUCGGGGACAGUACGCAUUGUUGUUUAACUCCGCUUUAGUCCAGGGAUUUUCUCGGGAUACUCAAAGAUCCAGGUAGCUGACUACUUUUUUAGUUAUUAUAGACCUAUAGAAAGAAAACCUACCUGUUUCCUGCCUAGAGUUCGCGUCCGUUUUUUAAUUAUUAACAAUUUAGUG